AUGUCAUCGGAGAGUUCAUCGUCCUCAUCAGCCACAUCGCCGUCGUCCUCGUCGUCAUCCUCGGAUGAUAAUGACGAUGAGCAGUCGCAGAAUACGGCUCGAGAUCGACGACGUAAACGACGAAUACAAAAG